CCACAGUUUUUUAUUGUGCUUUUAACAACUGAGACUUGUAAAAUACAGCUCUCCAAAUGAGAGGCCAUAAAAAGUAUAACAAUUAGAAUCAUACAUUUAAAAAAAAGAAAGAAUACAAAUGCACUGUAUGCCCAGUCUUGGGUGGAUAAAAACAGUUAAGUAAAAUGAUGAACCCUACAUUUGUGUGGGCUAUUAAUGCAGUGCUGAUUAUGGCAAGGAUCAUUAUUAAAUGUUGUAUAGACUCUAUUUCCGCCAGAAACAGGAGUUACUUUAUAGAGAAGUAUUGCCCUGACUGCACUCCGGCCCAGUAGGUGGCGAUAAUGCGCCACAAAUACAUUUCAGAGCCAAUGAACGUAAAGAAAGGGGAAAAGCGCAUUCUUGAGUUGAGGGAGGCAGUGGCAUGGCUGUAUAAAUAGGCGACCUAAUGUCUCAGUAUGUGGUCACAGCUAACUUGAGACAGGGCAACAGCAACGCUCUCAAAAAAACAAAUAUUAUUUAUCCUUUGUUGCCAGCUUUGACCCCACCUGGCCUGGUGUGGAAAAAUGAUCACAAUCUUGCGCUUGCAAGGCCUUGAUGUGAAGGCAGGCACUGGAGACAUACGGACAUUCUUUAAACGCCUUUACAUUCCUGAUGGUGGGGUGUACAUUGUGGGAGGAAGUCUCAGAGAGGCUUUUAUUGCAGUGACAGUUGAAAAAGAUGCCCAGCUUGCUAUGCGGUACACUGGAAAGUUCCUCAAAGGGUCCAAGGUUACGCUACACAUAAGCAACAUGGCAGAGUUGGAGAAAAAACUAAAGUUAAUGUUAAGGAAGAAGAAACCCUCCCCCACACAGCUUACUGUGAACAAACCUCAGCCAUCUCCAAAUGCAAAUAUGCUGCCCUUGAACGCUAGUACCCUGGAUCCCAAAACUAAAACUUUGCCACAACAUCUUUAUCCAAAUACUUCAAAUCUACAACCUUCAAAUGCACACUCACUUGACUGCAAUACUGUCCUUCAAGGUCUCCAUUUAUCCCGUCAAAGUGAAAACAAUGCGGCAGUGCCAAGAGUUAAUGGUGAAGCGAGGACACCAAAGCAAACUCUGGACUCGGGGCCAGGCUACGUCAGGCUUUUUGGUCUGCCAGCCUCGGCUACAAAACAGGACAUAUGCCAGUUUUUCAAAGGGCUGAUAGUACAGGAAGUCAUAGUGGAUGUUGAGUUGGGACGAAGCCAUGCCUGCCUUGUGAAGUUUGCAAACACCCAGGACGUGCAUGAUGCUCUUCUCUUCAACCAACAGUCACUGGGCCCCAUCUGUGUUGAGGUACGUGCAGCGACUAAGAAGAUGUGGACCAGUGCGCUGCAAGAAUGUGAAACCGCUGUUGAUGUUGGAGAGAGAGUGAAAACCAAGCAAAGCCCUCUUCGGGAAACUGCAAACCACAAACAAAAAAACACUUCUGCACUGCAGCUCAAGAGGCAAUCUACCAACCGGGUGCCCUCUAAAUUACCAAAAAGGCCUGACUGUGACUCAACUACCUUAUCUCCAACUACAGACUAUACAGUCAUGGUCAACAAUCUACCCAAAGGGAUGACCAAGACUGAAAUAAAAGAAUUGUUUCGAUGUCCAAACAUUGCACACGGAAAUGUAUUGCAUCUUCUUGACAAGGAAUGCAACAGAACAGACACAGCUUUUCUUACUUUUACCUGCUUUGAGGAUUAUGUCUAUGCAAUGAAUCUCACUGGCUGCCACCUGGGCUCUGUGGCCAUUGAGGUCUCGUCAAUCACUAUAAAGACAAUGAGGGACAUGAUUGACAAAACCCAUCCUAGAAGUCUUGAGCAUUGUCCAAAGACAGACCCAAGGAAGAAACCAAAUCGAAAGAGGAAAUCAGAUGCAGUUGAGUCCCCAGAAGAAGCACCUAGCACGGACCCAGACCCAGCAGCUCAGACAUGCCUUUUUGUCAGAAACCUGCCUGCAGAUAUACAGGAAAGACAUGUACAGAUGCUUUUCUCUACAUACAAAGUAGGGAAGGAUAGUAUCAUCUUACUGCGAGACAGCGAUGGCGAUUGUAUUGGUGAGGCUGUGGUUCAGUUUAAAUCACAAAAACUCGCCAUACUGGCUCAAAGGCUCCAUGGUCAGAACUUCCUGGGAUCAAAAGUGCUUCUCACUCUCAUAAAUGUCAAACAGAUGGAGGACAUCUUGGCAAGAAAUGUUUGAAGAAGUUGGAACAUUAAUUUGCUCUUCUUAAUUCUUUUCCCCAUAAAGUUAUUUUUUCCACUGUAGUUCUGCUUGAUUGCAUUAACAUAGUAGUUUCCCACUUUAUUAAAUGUUCAAUAAUCUCAUCAUA